AUGUUUGGUUUGUGUUUUACAAUGUUUUCUCCACUAAAAAAAAUCAAAUCUAAUCAAAAUUGUGAUAUAAUUACUAAUCAAUUCCAAAAAGAGACAUGAAUGUUACUAAAUUAAAAUUAAAUUCAUUCAAUUCUUUCAUCAUAACAUUGCUCAUUCUAUUUGUUUUGAUUAUUAUUUUCUCAUCAAAUAAUGAUGAUUAUGAUGAUGCUGAUGAUGAUGAUGAUGACAAUUCGAAUAUUUCUAUCAAACGGCAAAGAAUGUUACCAUUACCAAAUUAUUAUCGAUCAAAAAUGAAUUUUUCCAUCACUAUAAAUGAUAAUCUAUCCACAUUAUUGGAUCUAAAAGAUUUUCAAUUUCUUAUAAAUGAACCUAAUAUUUGUCGAUCAUCAUUUGAUCAUAGUGAACAACAAUACUCAAACAUAUUUUUAGCAAUAUUUAUUCAUAGUGCCACAAAAAAUUUUGAUAAACGUGAUAUCAUCCGUAAAACAUGGGGCAAUCAUUCAAUUGGUUUCGGUAUCGAUAAUCAUUACAAUGUUCGAUUAGUAUUCAUGUUGGGAACAACCAAAAAUCAAACUAUUCAGAAUCAAAUUCAACAAGAAAGUCAACACUAUGGUGACAUUAUUCAAGGUUCAUUUUUGGAUACGUAUAGAAAUAUUACCUAUAAACAUGUGAUGGGAUUAAAAUGGAUAAACCAUUUUUGUCCACAUGCUUCAUAUAUAUUGAAAGCCGAUGAUGAUAUAUUUAUUGAUCUUCAUCAAUUAAUCUAUUAUUUACAUGGCAAAUUCGGUGAUCAUCCACAACGUUUAAUGGCAUGCUAUGUUAAUAAAAAUAGUCGUGUAUCACGUAGUUAUCGUAAUAAAUGGCGUGUUAGCUAUAAGGAAUAUUCUGAACAAUAUUAUCCUGCAUAUUGUGAUGGUUGGACAAUAAUAAUGUCGAAUGAUAUUACAUUAGAUCUAUAUCGAAUAGCCGGUAAUCGGCCAUUACUUUGGAUCGAUGAUGUAUUCAUAUCCGGCAUAUUAGCAAAUGAUCUUCAUAUUGAUCAUUUUGAUUUUCGUAAAUCAAUACAUUGUUAUAAAAAUGAAAAUGUAAAAAAUUGGCUCAUUAAAUCAACCAAAUCAUCUGCCAUUUCAAUACCGCCGAUGUUAAGCUUAAUCGAUGCUAAUCAUUAUAAUGAUCCAAAUGAAAUAAGUCAUACGAUUAUAUCAUUAUGGAAUAAAACUGUUGAAUAUUAUCGUUAUAAUUUAAACAUUAGUAUUGAUCAAAUUAAAGUGUGAAAAAGGAGAAUAAAAUUUGUAAAUUAAAUUUUGUUCCAUUCAAAAAAAACAAACAAACAAACAUUGUGAUAUUUUUUUUGUUCCAAAAUGAAAUGAAAACGAAAUUAUAGUUUGAAAUGUCAGAAAAAAAUGAAAUUGUCAAAUAAUAGCUCUUUUUUGUUAACAGAUGGCAGCACUUUUAUUGAAAAAAUUUAAUACCGGUGACUGGACCUAAUCAUCCUAAUUGAGUAAUAAACAAAUUUUUUGUGAUUAAAA